AGAAGAAACGUCUAAAAUAGCUUGUCUUCAUGUUCAUCUUCUUGUCUAUGUCUGAGUGUUUUUAGUAUUUAGUGUCUAGCCAUGAGUUUGAUAUUGACUGUUCGCGAUGUUUUUGUUUUUCGUAAAACAAAGAUUGACCUUUAAUAAUCGCAAAUUGCCUUCCAUGCAGAUUAUUUUUAAUGUUUACUAAUAUAAACUUGGGUACAGUAGAAGCUCAAAGACCUUCGCACUUAUCGUUGUGAUUUGAAAAAUGGCUGACAGUUCAGUACUACAGAAUCUCCCGAAUUCUUCCACACAUUUGCCUGCAAACGUAGUCAAGGAAGGAUGGCUCUUCAAACGAGGCGAGCAUAUUAAGAACUGGAGGUCACGUUACUUCCUGUUACUGGAGGAUGGCAGUCUCAUCGGCUACAAGAACAAACCCGAGGGUCCGACAGAUCCUCUCAACAACUUCACUGUUAAGGGGUGUCAGAUCAUGAGUACAGACCGGCCCAAACCUUACACGUUCAUCAUACGAGGACUGCAAUGGACCACUGUCAUCGAGCGCACAUUCCACGUCGAGUCCAACAAGGAGAGGGAGGACUGGAUGGCCGCCAUCCAAGGUGUGGCGGACCGGCUGGCAGACUCUGAGGACGUGGAGAUGCGUGGCGGGACAUUGUCCCAACACAGCGUCAGCAGUGGCGAGACUGGAGGGGCCGGAGCAUUAGAGGAGCUCGAGAGCAAGUUCUCACUGCAGGGGACGUCCAGCAGCAAGUCCACGGGAAAGAAGAAAGUGACUCUUGAGAACUUUGAGUUCUUAAAGGUUCUCGGGAAAGGAACGUUCGGCAAAGUUAUUCUUUGCAGGGAGAAAGCAACUGGUAGGCUGUACGCCAUAAAAAUACUGAAAAAAGAAGUGAUAAUCCAGAAAGAUGAAGUCGCUCAUACAUUAACGGAAAACAGAGUGCUCAGAACUACAAGUCAUCCUUUCCUGAUUUCUCUCAAGUACUCGUUCCAAACGGCAGACAGGUUAUGUUUUGUCAUGGAGUACGUGAAUGGUGGAGAACUGUUUUUCCAUCUGAGUCGAGAACGAGUCUUCAGUGAAGAUCGGACCAGGUUUUAUGGAGCCGAAAUAAUAUCAGCCCUCGGUUACCUUCAUGAAGAAGGGAUAAUCUAUAGAGAUUUGAAACUUGAAAAUCUAUUACUGGACAAGGAUGGUCACAUUAAAAUAGCUGACUUUGGUCUAUGCAAAGAAGACAUAACUUACGGGAGAACUACCAAGACUUUCUGUGGAACACCAGAGUACCUAGCACCUGAGGUUCUAGAGGAUAAUGACUACGGCAGAGCGGUUGACUGGUGGGGAGUCGGAGUUGUUAUGUAUGAAAUGAUGUGUGGUCGGCUUCCAUUCUACAACAGGGACCACGACGUGCUUUUCACUCUUAUACUUAUGGAAGAGGUAAAGUUCCCACGAAACAUCUCCAUAGACGCCAAGGACCUGCUCAGUGGACUGUUGGUUAAGGACCCUACCAGGAGGCUUGGGGGAGGUCCUGACGAUGCUAAGGAUAUCAUGGCUCACAACUUCUUCCGAUCCAUUAACUGGACAGAACUCAAUCAGAAAAAGAUCACGCCUCCAUUCAAGCCCCAGGUCAAGUCUGACACUGACACGAGGUAUUUCGACACAGAGUUCACAGGAGAGAGUGUGGAACUGACACCUCCAGAACAUCAAGGACCUCUCAACAGCAUCGCUGAGGAGUUUGAACAACAACAACCCUACUUCCCUCAGUUCAGCUACCAAGACCUCGGAUCGACCCUCGGCAGCUCCACGGCCAUCAGUCUGAGCACAGGCUCGCUGGUACAACAACAUUGAACAUUGUAACUUGUACAUCUAGUCAUAAGUGAACACUGUUCAGAAGGCUAAUGCAUUCCUACUGAAUAAUCUGACUAAGUAAUUUAAUCAAUGCCAGAAAGAUUUUGAGAAUAAUUUUUAAAUAGCCUAUUUGUUUCUUGUUUUAAAAUAAAAUGAAAUCUUUAGAUGAAGAAUUCCAUUUAAUGAACUACAAGUUAGUUUGUUUACAAGUAAGUUUGUUUACAAAAACAAUAUAAUAAUAAUUAACAAACAUAUGACUAUAAAGUAACAUAUGACACAUAUGUGACAUAUGACUAUAAAGUAACAUAUGACACAUAUGUGACAUAUGACUAUAAAGUAACAUAUGACACAUAUGUGACAUAUGACUAUAAAGUCAUAUGGUUGUUAAUUAUUAUUAUAUUGUAUUUGUAAACAAACUUACUUGUAAACAAACUAACUUGUAGCCUAGAGUCGGGACCACGUAAGUUUGCAGUUGAGGGAGGAGCCUAUUUACCAUAUGGGUUUGAAUGAACCAAUGAGAACCGUUCGGUGUUGCCAAAUCUAAUAAUAUCAGCUGAGUUGAAAAUAUUGCUUAGUAUAUUUGAAUUAGUGUUGUCAACGGGUGAUGUGGCAACGUCGCACUAGCCUUGUCUUGUGAUUGGCUGCUACCAACUGCAAACUUACGUGGUCCCGACUCUAGUUCAUUAAAUGGAAUUCUUCAUCUAAAGAUUUAGUUUUAUUUUAAAACAAAAAACAUAUUGGUAAUUAUUAUUGAACGUCCUUCUCAAUAUCAUUUAAAAUAUAUAAAAGGUUUACAAAGAUUUUUAAAAAUGUGUUAACAAACAUGUUGAAAAGAUCGUAAAUCAGAGAAUAAAUUUAUUAUAUUCUUGUUAAUGGAAAAUUAUGAUAUUUUUUCCAAAUUUACAUUCCAAUUGAUCAAAUAACGUUUGUGAAUCGUGUUGGUUUUGUUUUUCUCUGCAACAGUGUUCACUACAAGUUAUGUUAAAUGAGAGUUGACUGCGAUGUUUAGGUUAAUGGAAGUUAUAGUUGAAUGAUUGGGGUUAACUAGCAAGUAUACAUAAUAAACGCGGAGGUAUCGUUGUUAUAAAUAUAUAUUUAUUUAUUGAAUGAUUGUUGAUUAAAUGUGAAUAAUGUUGUAAAUUAUUAAUACAUAAUGGCUGGACGGUGAAAACGGUAGCCAGCUAAUAUUGAAAUAUCUAGCCCAGUUUAAUAUAUGUACUAUAAAUGUCGAUUAUGUUAUUCAUUUUGUAAUGUUUUAUAUAUUUAUGCUCACUUUGUCAAAUUUACGAUGUCGUAAAACAAUGUAAUGUUUUUUGUCAGAAAUUAUCAAAGGAUUACAAACUAGGUGAAUUAGUGUUAUAUUAUAAUGUUUAUGACUCAAAUUUGAAAAGUCGUAAAGAUCAGUAAAGCUAAAAUCAAUUUUUCAAAACCCAAAACAAAGUAUAAUUAUUUUAGUUGUGUUUUACAGUUGUGUUGGAUUUUUAGUUUUGAGGUCAGUCAAUUGUACAACUGUUUUAAAAUUACAUUUAAAAAAAUUGUCUCUCUUGACUUUUUAGCAACUAUCAGGGAAUAAUAGAAAUUUUACCUCUGUAAAAAUAUUUCCAAGCCGUCAUUUUUUUAGUAUAUCUUACUUUAUAAUAAAAAAGUUAUAAUAAAAGUUUUAUAAUUAAAAAAAUCUCUACCUAAUUUAAAAAUACUUUUUAAAUGUUCACUAACAGUGUAUAAUUUUAAAAUGCAAUGGAUAAAGUGUUAGUUGUCCUACAACAUUUUGAGAUUGAUCAUUUGAAUAAAUUACUGGUUGUGUUUUACCUAAUGAUUUAUGUUAGUUUUUGAAAAAGAAGAGAAAAACUUAUUAGUGACACUUAUUUUAUGUUUUGGGUUUUGAUGAUUUUUUAAUAACAAAAUGUUAAUAUUUUGCAUUUAAUAGGGUUUUAGAGUUAGCCUAGUUAUGUUUUGACAUUGUGUUUAUGGUGGCAUAUAAUCAUUUUCCCAUACAUCGAUUACAGAACGGAACUUUUAAGAGACCUUGUGGUUGUGAUGUUUACAAUAUUUGUGAUUAUCAGCUUUAUUGUAGGUUAUUUCUCUUUUUACCGAGUACAAAGAGGUUUGUAAAUGAAGUACUUUGUGUGUUUUCAAUUUGUUGACUCUCAAAAGAUAUUCCUCGACCCUGAAACUUUUUGCAUAUUGUUUUGUUUUAAUUCAAAUUAAUUUUUAUAAUCAAGAACCAAUGAUCAUAUUCCUUACCUCAUCAAUCACAAUAUGUACAACAUUUAUGGACAUCUUGUACAAGGAAUUCCACAAAUAAAAUAGUUAGUAUUAUUGUAGAUGUUUCAACUUAAAUUUCUACUUAUUUUGUUUCACUGUUUGUUCAUAAUCAAUGUUACUAAGUGUUUUGUGAAAAAAUAAGUUUUACUGGCUUGUGUCCUUUGUGUAGUAUAAUUGUAAAAAUUUAGACAAAAACUGCAAAUUGCAUUUUGUUAUUUUGUGUGUUAAAGCAAAGAGAAUCUUUAAAAAAUAUUUUAGAACAAAGCAUCGACUAAUCCAUUUCUUUUUUAAGUGUGGAUUAGAAAAUAUGAAAGUCUUUCCUAAUGGUGUGUGACGGUAAAUGUUACAGAUUUGACGUAGUUUGAUUUGUUUUUGGUACACCAUUAGACUGGGCUGUGCUUGUGUUAUUCUGCUAGUUGAGACCGCUUUACAUUAAUCAUCUAGUUUUACUUUGUUAAUGUUGUGCAAGGAUGUGUGUGUAGUUUACAAUCAAAUCCGAAUUUGUCAACUAAACCUUUUUGAUGAAAAUCCACAAUUGGCAAUUAUUGUUAAUGUUUAGUGAUUUCUAACUUCUGUGUCUAAUUAAAAACGUUUUACACUAGGACUGUUAUAUGGCUGUUUAAAUUUGUAAAACUUGGAUAAUUUACUAAAUAAUCUGGUUUGAUAGAUUGAGUAACUUUUCUUCUUUUUACAGGUAAUAAAAUUGAUCAUUGUUAAAUACAAUAUUUUUUUUAUGAUUUGUAGUUUGUAGCUUCAGAUAUUUUCAAUUUUUCUAACCAUUUAUUUUAAUAUCAGGCAAUCUCUAUUGUUUAUAAAUUCGGAUUUGAUUCCUCGAGUAAUAUUUACAUUGGAUUUAUUUAUGCAGUAGGAACCAUGGUUUGAAAAUAUCUAUUAAUAAAUUAAAUCUUGAUAUUUGUUUCACUUUAAUAUAUAAGGAUGUGUUAAUUCAAUUAUUUCAGUUAGCUUUAUACUCUUUACAUUAUAUUAUCUCGAUUAAAAUCACACCUUCUAAUCAGUUGUCAAAUAUCAACCUGUAAAUAGAUACAUGGGAAGUUAUAUAUUAUAUAUACUUAAAUAAAAUUAUGCAUAGUAUUAAUUAGUAGAAUAAAUCAGUGACCUCAAAGGUUUGACAUGAAUUAUCUAAAAAUAAUUACUCAGUGUUGGCAAUACCCAUAUUUUACUUACUUUUCCUCAUUUUAACCGCUUGUUUAUUUUCUAUAGUACUAUUAUUUAUACUUUGGGAAAUUAUACUCUAUGAUAUUUAUUAGUAACAUAUCAUAAAAAUCUAAAAAUAAAAAAAUAUAUACACCUGUUUUUGCCUUGUUAGUUCAAUAAGUUUACAAUGUUACAAUGUUAAACCAAAAGGAAUUGAUAAAAUAAUAAAAAAAAUAUGUUGUAAUAUUGUAAGAUGGUGCUAGGACUCUGUAAAGCACUGGUGUGUAAAAACUGAAUAUUUGAAAAUAAAUCUUGUAUAAUGAUUUGUAAAAAGGUCAA